AUGGACGAUGAGCUGGAGGUGCUGCAGUUGGAGCUGUUGGAGGUGCUGGUGGUACUGGAGUUGGAGGUGCUGGAGGUCCUAGUGCUGGAGACGCUACUAUUGGCGGUACUGGUGGACAUCGGCAGGAGACUCUCUAGCACGAACGGCUUCGUGAGUGGGCUGUCCGGCGGGGUAGCCCUGGUGGUGGAGCUAGCCGUGCUCGAGCUGGAGGUGCUGGGGCUACUGGAGCUGGAGGUGAUGGUGCUGGUGGUACUGGAUUUGGAGGUGCUGGAGGUCCUGGUGCUGGAGACGCUAGUGCUGGCGGAGGUGCUGGAGGUACUGGAGCUGCUGGUGCUGGAGGUCCUGGGGCUGCUGGUGCUGGAGGUGCUAGAGCUGGAGGUACUGGAGCUGGGGGUACCGGGGCUAGCUGCUGGUGCUGGAGGUGCUGGAGCUGCUGGUGCUACAGGUGCUAAAGCUGGAGGUGCUGGAGCUAGAGGUGUUGGAGGUGCUAGGGUUGCUGACGGCUCGGCCUCUGUUCCACAGCAUGUUACUCUUCCGUCUCCUCUGGUGUCCUCUAUUCCUGACGUUCCUAACAUUGAGUCCGACCUUGCUCGUGCUGCUAGUCCUACUGUCAAUCAUCUCCUCGCUACUGUUGUCACUGACCCUUCCUUUGAGUCUACUGCUGCGUUUGCCCUAGUCACUGAGCUAAUCGACUUUGCUGCUACCCGUCGUCUCGACUACGUCGCGAGUCUUGUUACUGAGUCUGAUACUGUCUGUCCUCUAUCCGUCGGGGGUGAGCUUGCCCUGGGCAACGACGUCCUUGAGGACAGGCAGUUUGAGCUUGAGUGUCUCGCGGCUGCUUUACCUCGUUUCGCUACCAUGCUGCUUUGCCCUGAGGGAGACCCGGAUGCUCUUGACAUCCCUACCCCGCGCUCUUACGCUGAGGCGAUCACGGGUGAGUACUCCUCUCAGUGGCUGACAGCCAUGGACGCAGAGAUGGCUUCCUGA